AUGUCCCUCAUCGAACAGAAUGACCGCCAUCGAAUUUUCACCGACGAUGGUUAUCGCGACGCGCACGCGUUCAAGCUAUAUGUCGGAGAAGUGAAGUGGGACAUUAACGGAGAGAAACGACGGGACCCAGCAUGCGUGUACCUUUCCAAAAGUAAGAACUUUGGAAAGAACACGCAAUUCAAGAUGGAGAUCUUUAACGGCGAGAUCAAAGCAGGUCACUGGCCGCCUAUGGAUGUCAAGUAUUUCGGGAAAGUAUCUGACCUCACUUUCCCCUUCAGCGGAGAGGUUAGUGCAGAACGAAGUAUCGCUGUCACCAAGUUUUACUUUCAGCUCGGCUUCGAGGUGGGUCUGUACCAUGAGGGCCCCGGUUUCAAGUUCACUGAAGUCUUCAUCACUGCGACGCCCUCUGCUGCUAUCAACAAGAGUUUACUAUCUCAAGUUCGCGGCACACACCUACCCUUCGCUGGGCAACAGAACGAGACCAUGGCAGGCGAUUCUGGCAACGGGCGGCAAUUUAGGCGAAAGGAUCGAAACCAUUCUGACCCUGUCCAAAAUCUGCAAAGUGCGAAACCACAAUAUCAUCCUACAGUAGACGACCGCUACCCAUUUCCCCCUCGGCCAUCACACUCGGGAGGUCCCCAGACCAUACAUAGAACACAAUUUCCUGGUUACGAAACAGCUCCUUCUAAUUGUAGCAACUACGGCUCUUCGCCAUUCUUACCGACGCAGUCAUCUUACUACGGUUACUACCCAUCGACUACCAUAGACCCAUAUACGCAAAAGUCCGGAGCUCACUUUCAUCCGCGACCGGUUCCAACAAAUCAAUUUGACGGGGGAUAUGGGCAGCCGGGGUUGAGUCAGUCGGAGAGUGUGUCAGAGUCGGCAGGUCUAGUACCGAAUAUUGUUGAACCACGACAAGGGUCAAGGCCACAUGUCAAGAAGAGCGUACAAAUCAAGGCUACACCGGAGGGUUCCCACGGGACACCUGCUGUUAGUCAAUUCACCAUGCUAGAAAAUGAGUACGCAACCCUGUAUCAAAAGCGCCAUGAGAUCGGUGUAAGGAUGGAGGAGAUCAAAAGAAGCCUUACAGCGGAGCGAUACACUUCUUUGAUGGCAAAGCUGGAUCCUCAGGAGCCUGUAAUGCUGAAACCAUGGUCAGACAACAUAGGCAACUAA